AUGUUUCAGGUCACCUGGAGAAGGAGCAGGAAGGAAAUUAGCAGCUGCUGGAACAAUCACUGUUGUUCUCCUGGCUAUCAUUUCCCUGUCUGUCUUCCUGUGGAUCAGGGACAGCCGGAGGAGCAGGAGGACCUUCAGUCGACAAGGGUCCACUUCUCCAACAACCAGGCAGAUCCUCUCUACUCCAACAUCAGAGCAGCUCGGCCCCUCAGACACAUGGAGCAACAAGAAUUCAUUGAGUACGCUGCUGUCAGCUUUAACAGGGCCAGUACUGCCCCGAGAACCAGAGACUUCUGUUCCUUAUUCACAUAUUCAGAUCUCCAGCUGCAGGUGAGCAGAUUAUUGGUCUACGAGUCUUAUAACUGGGUAGAUCUGAAGUGUCACAGCAGUUGUCGUCUACCUGAUCAUCUUCACUACGUCUGGUACAAGAAUGGACAGAAGACUUGGAGAAGAACAUCUUCAUUUUCAGUCUCUGUUUAUCCUACAGACAGUUAUUCCUGUGCUGUAGAAGGAUAUGAGAAGUUCCCCUCUCCUCCAGUGUAUGUUCCAAAGCUUCCCUCUGUGUCAGUGAGUCCCUCUGGUGAGAUAGUGGAGGGCAGUUCAGUGACUCUGACCUGUAGCAGUGAUGCUAACCCAGCAGCUUCUUAUACCUGGUACAAAGAGAAUGGAAAGCGAUACCUUCAACCUCUCAGUAAAGAACCACAGCUUGUCCUCAGGUCCAUCCAGUCCUCUGACUCUGGAGAGUAUUACUGUACAGCUGAGAACAAACUGGGAAAGAAGACAUCUACACACAUCUCUAUUAAUGUGAAAUAUGCUCCGAGGGUUCCCUCUGUGUCAGUGAGUCCCUCUGGUGAGAUAGUGGAGGGCAGUUCAGUGAAUCUGACCUGUAGCAGUGAUGCUAACCCAGCAGCUAAUUAUACCUGGUACAAGGAGAACCAAACACUGUUUCAAGGAACAGAAGGUAUUCAUCAUUUCACCUCCAUCAGCUCUGAGGACAGAGGGAUCUACCACUGCAGCUCUGAGAAUCAAUAUGGACAGAUCAUGUCACCUCCUCUAUCAGUAGAUGUCCAGUAUGCUCCGAGGGUUCCCUCUGUGUCAGUGAGUCCCUCUGGUGAGAUAGUGGAAGGCAGUUCAGUGACUCUGACCUGUAGCAGUGAUGCUAACCCAGCAGCUAAUUAUACCUGGUACAAGGAGAAUGAAGACUUACCAAAAGCAUCAGGACAGAUCUUCACCAUCCGACCUGAACACAGUGGGAAUUAUUACUGUGAAGCCCAGAACAGAAGAGGACGCCAUAACUCCACCUUACAUCUGAUUGUUGUAGCAGGAGCAGGAGGGAAAUUAGCAGCUGCUGGAACAAUCACUGUUGUUCUCCUGGCUAUCAUUUCCCUGUCUGUCUUCCUGUGGAUCAGAAAAAAGAGGGCUUCCAAGGAACCUUCUGAUCCUGAAGAGAGAGCAGACAACAGGGAACAGCUGAGAAUAGGACAGCCGGAGGAGCAGGAGGACCUUCAGUACGCCAGCAUCCGCUUCUCCACCAAGCAGGCAGAUCCUCUCUACUCCAACAUCAGAGCAGCUCGGCCCUCAGACACAUGGAGCAACAAGAGGUCAUUGAGUACGCUGCUGUCAGCUUUAACAGGGCCAGUACUGCCCCGAGAACCAGAGGUCAGGAAACUAGAGAGGAUCCAGCUGCAUUGUACAGCACAGUCAACAGAACCUGAUGAGCACAGCAGUCAUUAUAUUUAUAGUCUGAUAUUUCCAUGUGUCCUUAUAAAGUUUGUAUUUAAGCAGGUAACCAUUGAUUUUAUAUAAAUAUAUCUCUCAGGAUGGUCCUCUCCAAGAAUAUACCAUAGAGACAAUUAUAUAUCUUGGACAAAGUGUAUUUUUUUACUCUGCAUUGAUCAGCUCUGAACAGUGUCUUAUUUCAUGACUAAAUGCAUUAAAUUGUUGUGUAACAUGCUUUUUACAGCCACCGGAUACAUGAAAGUUCAAUAUUCAGAGACUUUUUUAUCUUUUAUAUAUUCAUCUCUAACAACUAUCCUCGUGCAGGUGGUAAAACAUACCUGAAGUAGUUGUUGCAACAGGAGAUGUGAUACCUCUCAGGCUUUGGAGCUCAUUUUAUAUCUGAAAUACUUUGUGAAUUACUCUUAAAGAUAGGACUCACAUGUCACACAUAUUGUUAGGAGUUUCAUCUAACUCAGUCAGUUAGGGGCUACUUUAGCGUGCAGGUGUUUUGUGAAUAUGGCCUCGGCUUUAGUUCAGAAGGAGGAGUUAAAGUGAUAUCCAACAUCAGUUUGUGAUGAAAGAGUCUCUGUCAAUCACAGUUAUUGAAAGUAGAACUGUGAGUGAUAAACUCAAAUAAAAACAGCUGGAUUGUAAAA